AGUUAUUCUUGGUGUAAUAGAUCCCCAAUAUGAAAUGUACGAGGACAAACCUAUAAAUAUCGAAGAGAAAACUGGUCAGUGGCUGGGAGCCACAUUACACACCACGGGAAACAAUGGAAAAGUUGUUGCAUGCGCACCGCGGUAUUCUCUACAAGGCCACAUUAAAACAGGAUUACCUSAAGACAGACGUCAAGUGGUGGUUGGACGAUGUUUUCUGGUUUGGGAGAGUCUAAGCGGGACAUACCAAGAUAUYGACCCGUGCCGGCAUAGUUAUAAUACUAGAGAUUUCCUGUACAGUUACCGGUCAGACGGSUUUUGUCAAGCAGGAUUUGCCGCCUCAGUCUUUAACGAUGGUCAGACGCUUGCUUUGAGUGCUGUUGGCAAAAACUAUGGGAGAGGAUCUGUCGGGGUUCAUUUUCCUGAUACAGAGGAAACAAUAUUUGCCUCGUCAUCGGAUGUAAAGAUGGACUACUUUGGUGACUCCAUGGGUUAUGCUGUUACAACGGGACAAUUCAUGCCACGUUAUGACGAGCACGCUCAGAUUGGAAGCUCAUUUGGACACGCCGUUUGUGCAUUGGAUUUGAAUAACGAUGG